AUGAGAGUCCGACAAACUGCCAUCCUUUUGGCACAAUUGCUUUGGCUACUUACUAGCCAAACAAGCGGAUCAUGUGUCUGUGACGAUCCAAAGGCAUUAUGGUGCGACGAGUUCUCGGUUUGGAAUGAACAGUGGACCCAUGAUGUGGGAGGCGGUGGGUGGGGAAACUACGAAUCUCAAAUCUACAACAGGGAGAAUUCUCCAGUCGUAGAUGGUGAGCUCCGCAUUCAUGCAACGAAAGGAUUGGAUGAAAAUUAUUACUCCUCACGGAUUCAAACAAAAGGAAAAGUGGAAUUCCUCUAUGUGAGGCUGGAGGCGUCAAUCAAGGUGACAAACUUGGAAGGAGGUCUUUGGCCAGCAUUUUGGAUGCUUGGUGCCAACUUUGGGGACGUUGGGUGGCCUUUUUGUGGAGAAAUUGACAUUAUGGAACUUGGUUCUGCAGAGGCAAUAGCAAAGGGACAGAUUCAUGAACUGGUAUUGGCGGCCAUGCAUUGGAAUGCGACAAUUGAUGGCGACCACGUCUAUGAAUAUUCUGGAAAUACCACAACGCCAGCUAUGGUGCAAGAGUUUCAUACGUAUGGACUUGAUUGGACGCCGGAAAAGAUAACAAUGGAUGUGGAUGGCAAGGAACUGUUUACAAGAAAUAUUACUGGCCUAGAUCAGUUUCACAAGCCAUUCUUCGUCCUGUUAAACUUGGCAGUUGGUGGCUUGUUUACAGGCAUUGCAGAACCAACCACAGCCGGUGGCGCGAUGAUUGUAGAUUGGAUAAGGGCAUAUGAUAACGGAUCAGGUUCAAGGGUUACCGUUGAUGAGCAACCAUUCAACUACAGCAACGGAGAUUGUACCGAUUCGUCCUCAGGCAUAAGGCUAUUCGCAAUGGUGCCAAUUGUUUUUUCAGCCAUUGUAGCUUGUAUAUUUCUAUCAUAA